AUGAACGAGGUUUCUUCGUUGGUGCUGAGCUUUCUGUACUUGAUCGCGCUGCCCUUUAUGGGCUUUCUGGUUGUGCAGCAGUACGAGAACAUAUCAUUGCCCAAUGGGAGCAAAAUAGCUGGUUUGCUUGGAAUGCAACCAACAGAACCGGUAUCGAUAUCUACAAAGAAGGAGAGUUUCGAGUGGGUGGAUCCCCUUGCGAGUUUCAUCAGUGAUGCCUUUCAAAGCUCAGACGUGUACGAGCACAGAGCGUGGAUCGCGGCCAAGAGCUACAGUUCAAGUCUAGCUGUGUAUUUGGCCACGAAAACCGACCAAUGGCGAGCCAUAAGUGCGAAUUUCUACUCCACAGAUCUUGAAAGACAUCUGGGGCCGUAUGUGGACAGUCUCAAGAGUCUUUACAGCGGGCUGUGGAUAAUAUAUACUGAGCGAUACGACGAGAUCAAGUGUGCGGGGGCCAUCAUCGGGUGCAUUGCAGUGUUAAUUUUGACUAGAAGACUUCUAUUCCGCCUUUUAAGAACAUUUGCGCGCGAUGUUCACAACAUUGAGAAAGGUGUUAACGAGAUGCACCAAUCACCAAAGUCCAUGGACGAUGAUGACGACGACCAGAGCGAUUUUGGGGCCGGUGGAGACUACGGAACGGGUAGAAGUAUCCUCACUGAUUUUCCUACGGAAUCGCAGUUUCCUACACAAAGAACGGCCAAUUUUCGGUCCUCUUCUACCUCUGUGAGCGAGUUACUAUCAGACGAAGACGACGCUUCGUUUCAUGGGUCAACUCACAGCUCAGUGUCCAGUCAAGCUCACGACUUUAAGACUCAAUAUGACACUGCUUCAUCGCUGCUGGUGUCGCAAACGCCGUCUUCUCUUGGAACUGCACCCAGAGUAUCUUCCAGUGCUAGUUCGCUGCGACUCCUGACGGGUCAGCAUUAUCCGUUUUUGCCAGUGUUCUCGGAUUCUCCGAGCAAGUCUUCUACAACUACUGUGAUCAGUGAAGAGAGGGUGGUUUUUAAAAGUGCUGGGACCGUGGGGUCGUUGUCUACGGUGUGUUGGGACGAAAAGCAUGAUUCUCAAGCGAGGUCUCCGAGUCUAAUAUCGGUCGAUUAA